AUGUCAGUUCUGCCAGACGAGCUGUGGAGGCGAAUAUUAGAGUUCGGAAUCUCAAGCUCAAGUAAAAAUCCUUUAAACUACAAAGACAUCUGCUGUGUUGCCAUCACAUGUAGACGCCUCAAUCGCCUCUCCUACGAAGACUCUCUUUGGUCCUCCUUACUUUCUUCCCAGUUUCCCAAUUACGAAAACCCUAAUAAUAUCAAUUUUAAUCGUAGAAGUACAUAUCCAUCUCCUUCCUCCAAAACCAUAUUCAAAAUCAGGUUUGAGAGGGAGAGAGAGCGUAGGCUUUUGGGGCACAGAAGGGCGGUUCUCAGAGUUGAGAGUCAAAUUGGCGAGCAUUCGAGAAAGCUUCGGGAGAUAGAGAGCCGGGUGAUGGAUGAGAGGGUCAGAAUGAAGGCAACGACUGAAGAAUUAUCAAAUCUACUCAGGGUCAGGUAA